AUGUCUGGUCGAACGCCGCCGCCGCCGCCGCCACCACCACAACCCAAUCCGAUCCUCGACGAUAGGCUUCCUUUCUUCAACCAAUCCAUGGAACUAGUCCAACUCCCAAACCCACCCACAACCCGAACACGAUCCCGCACCCUCGCUGAUCUCCUCAAACGAGUCGAAGACGCCCAAAACGACACACCACCUGCACUACCCCACCAUGUUCUUGACCUCUCCUCCUCCUCCGCCGCCACCCACCCCUUUGUCCUCUCCUUCUCCAACUUAACCUACAGCGUCAAGCUUCGCCGCAAGUUCACUUUCUUUCCCGCCGCCACUGUUUCCUCGCCCGACCACCAAACCAAACUCAACGGCACCAAGACUCUCCUUAAUGAUAUCUCCGGAGAGGCCAGGGACGGCGAGAUCAUGGCCGUACUCGGCGCCAGCGGCUCCGGCAAGUCCACUCUCAUCGACGCCCUCGCCGACCGCAUCUCAAAGGAAAGCCUCAAAGGCACAGUCACCCUGAACGGUGACGUUUUAGACUCCAGUCUUUUAAAGGUUAUAUCCGCUUAUGUUAUGCAAGACGACCUCCUCUUCCCGAUGCUCACCGUCGAAGAAACCCUCAUGUUCGCCGCAGAGUUCAGACUCCCUCGCUCCCUCUCCAAAUCCAAGAAGAAAGCGCGAGUCCAGGCCUUGAUAGACCAGCUCGGCCUCCGGUCCGCCGCCUCCACCGUCAUCGGCGAUGAGGGCCAUCGCGGAGUAUCCGGCGGCGAACGCCGCCGCGUCUCAAUAGGAAUUGACAUCAUUCACGAUCCCAUCGUGCUUUUCCUCGACGAACCAACUUCGGGCCUCGACUCCACCAGCGCCUUCAUGGUGGUGAAAGUGCUGCAGCGAAUUGCACAGAGCGGAAGCAUCGUCAUCAUGUCCAUUCACCAACCUAGCUACAGAAUCUUAGGCUUGUUGGACCACUUGAUCUUCCUCUCCCACGGUAACACCGUCUACAGCGGCUCUCCGGCGAACCUCCCAGCCUUCUUCUCCGAGUUCGGCCACCCCAUACCGGAGAACGAGAACCGCACCGAAUUCGCGCUCGACCUAAUUCGCGAACUCGAAGAAGAACCCGGCGGCACCAAGAGUUUAGUGGACUUCAACAAAUCGUGGCAGCUGAAAAACAAAACCUCGGCCCAGGCCCAGGUCCAGAACGAGCCCAAACCCAAACCAUCUCUGAAGGACGCCAUCAGCGCUAGCAUUUCCAGAGGAAAACUCGUGUCCGGCGCUAACGGCAACGGCAAAAACUCAACGGCGUCAGUUUCCGUUCCCGCCUUCGCGAAUCCGUUUUGGAUGGAAAUGGCGGUGAUAGGAAAACGGUCUCUAACGAACUCACGGAGGAUGCCGGAGCUAUUCGGGAUUCGUUUGGGUGCAGUUCUUGUGACGGGGGCAAUCUUGGCCACAAUCUUCUGGCACCUGGAUGAUUCACCCAAAGGAGUUCAAGAGCGCGUGGGGUUCUUCGCCUUCGCCAUGUCCACCACCUUUUACACCUGCGCCGAAGCCAUCCCAGUGUUCCUCCAAGAGCGUUACAUCUUCAUGAGGGAAACCGCUUACAACGCGUACCGUCGCUCUUCCUACGUCCUCUCACACGCAAUCAUCUCACUCCCUUCCCUGCUCGUUCUCUCUCUCGCCUUUGCCGCCACCACCUUUUGGGCCGUGGGCCUGGCGGGCGGCUCUUCGGGCUUUCUCUUUUACUUUCUGGUAAUCGUGGCCUCGUUCUGGGCCGGGAGCUCGUUCGUGACGUUCCUCUCGGGAGUGGUGUCGCACGUGAUGAUAGGGUUCACGGUGGUUGUUGCGAUCUUGGCGUACUUUCUUCUCUUCAGCGGGUUCUUCAUCAGCAGGGACAGGAUCCCUCCGUACUGGCUAUGGUUCCACUACCUGUCGCUGGUGAAGUACCCGUACGAGGGCGUGUUGCAGAACGAGUUCGACGUGAAAUCUCCCAGGUGCUUCGUGAGGGGGAUUCAGAUGUUCGACAACACGCCGUUGGGGAUGGUGCCGGAGACGCUGAAGGUGGAGCUGCUGAAGAGCAUGAGCAACACCCUGGGCAUGAACAUCACGAGGUCGACGUGCGUGAUCACCGGAGCGGAUGUGCUGAAUCAGCAGGGGAUAACGCAGCUGAGCAAGUGGAACUGCUUCUGGAUCACGGUUGCUUGGGGCUUCUUCUUUCGCUUCCUCUUUUAUUUGACGCUCCUCUUUGGGAGCAGGAACAAGAGAAGGUAG